AUGGAUCAUCCGGAGGGGGACCCCCUCACGGGGCCCGAGAAGGGGGAAAAGAUCGACGGCGCGUGUGAGGAGGCCCCUGGUGGGGCGGCAGGCCUCUUUGAGGGAAAAUACCUCGCGCAGAUCCAAAAAACGCGCGCGUUGACGGCACUGCUGGAGGGCGAACGCGCGCGCGUGCGGGAUCUGCAAUCCUGCCUAACCCGCCUCGAUGAACUCGACAAGACGGUGGGGCGGGGCGGAGGGUGGGAGGGGAAGGCCACGCGCUCUCCCAGGAAAGGCUUGCGAGCGGGAAACGCAAGUGCGAUCGCGUCGUCCUCGUUAGUCUCGCACGAGGAAGGGUCUGCGGCGUUGAAAGAACGCCUCGAUCGGGCCUACGCCAAACUCCACGAGCGCGAACGCCAAGCCGCGGAGCAUCGACGGGAGGGGCUUCUGCUUCGACACCUCCUCGCUCGCGAGAUCGGGAAGACGGUAGAAGGAGUGGGGGAGUGGAUUCAACUUCAAAAACGCACGGUAAACGUAGAGGAGGGGGAGGGGGAGGAGAAGGGGACUUCCCCCACGAAGGAGAACGCACGCGCGCGGAGGAGCCCCGGGGAGGGCCGUUUACCUGACGGAACGCACGCAGGGGGGGGGUGGAAAGGGCGCGCAGAGCAGAUUGUCCUUCUCCAGGCGAAGGUGAAGGAUCUCGAAAGGGAAUUGGAGGCGGAGCGAAAGACGCGGGACGAACGAAAAAAAACGGGAAAAGAGAAGGAGGUCAAGAAGGGGGAGAAAGGGAAGAAGGGCCCCGACAACGACGAGGUGCCCUCGCGCGUGGAGCGAUCGCCUUUGAAAGGAAACGUCAAAAACGUAAAAUCCGACGGGAAGAAGAAGGACGUGGAUGAUGAGGCGCGGGAUCGCGUCGCGUGCAUUUACGACCGUCGACAGCAGACCGCGCGGGAGCUCGCCGCGGAGCUCGAUGCCUCCCAGCACGCCUUAGAGGAAGGUAAAAUAAAGCAUCUCGCUUUGCAAGCGCGAUAUUCUACCGUCCAGCAGGAAAAUGUGCAGCUUCGGCGACAUAUUCAGGUGCUUUUGGAAAAAAGCCGCCGCGAUGAUGAGCUGAUUGAAACCUACUGCGAAGAGCUAAGGAUUGCCCGUCACGAGGACACGCGAAAAGGAAAAGAAAAAAGAAAGGUGGCCUCUUCAAAACGUUCUCCAACGAAGAAGCCUGAAUCCGUAAUAUCAUCCGAGAAGAAUCUAUCGAAUGAUGAGCAUCGAGGCGAUGAAUCUUCUCCAGCCCGUUCGCAAGGUUUAUUUGAAGAAGGGGACGAAAAAGAGAGGGAAAAGUCAUGGUCUCGAGGUGCGCGAGAUCUGACCUCGAUGCGAGAGCGCGAGUUGCUUGGACUGCAAGAGAUGAACAAGGAUCUUUUAGAGCGCAAUCUAAUCCUCGAGGAUCACCUUCUCGCCCUCACCUACAACGAAGACGAAGACGAAACUCAAAAAGGGGUAUUAUCGGAUAAAUCGCAAAGGCUACUCCUCACCUGGGUGCUCGAGGCGUGCGCCGCACUCGAGGUCGCCAAACGCCGCGCAAACGACAGCAACUCCAAGCCUGUCGGUACGGACCCGCCUAGAAAUGAGGACAAAAGUGGUAGGAAUGAUCAUAAAGCGAAUAAUCAACGCGAGAGCAGCGUCAUGGCGAUGGAGCCUCGGGCAGUGGCCGCGGUCCUGCUCAACGCCUGCGCGCACGUCGCCUACGUUGAGGCGCAGGAGCUCCGGCGGGAACCCCUCGACCGCCUCUACCGCUGCUGGUUUGAAAAGAUCCGCCAGGAAUUGCUUAAAGGAGGGGGGAAUAACCAUUCUAACAGUGCUAAUCAUAUGAUGGCGACGAUGAUUAAUAAUAUUAAUGAGAUCCUCGCACGGCCCCCGCCGAUCGAUCCCGCGUUGUCGAGAGAAAACGCGGGUCUAAAGGAGCGCCUGCGUUCACUGCGAGAGUUGCUGACAAAAGAAGAGGAGGUGCAGGCAAAGCUAUGGGCUCAACAUGACGUCGCGACAAAAGACGAAACCCCCCAUCCUUAG